AUCAUAUCUUUCUCGCUCUUCUCUCUUAAACCAAGCCCUACCCUUUUAAAACUUCCUUUACUACUGAGCUUUCAAUUCGCGCUCAUCGAUCUUCGAUCAGUAUAUCAACAACAUGAGGAGGAAUUGCAAUCUGGAGCUCCGUCUUAACACUUCCGGUGCUAAUUCCGGCUUUCCUCUUCGUAAGCACCACGACCGUGCCGCCCUGAUGGAAUUGAGUUCUGGAACCCCAAGUCAUCAGCUGCAGCAGCCGUUGACCAUCUUCUACGACGGAAUGAUGUGUGUUUCUGAUGUUACAGACUUCCAGGCUAGAGCAAUUCUUUUACUUGCGAACAAAGAAGUGGAGGAAAGGUUGAAGAUUAGUCCUAGUCCAAGUCCAUGUGCGUCGACUUCUGAACCAUCUUCGCCGAGCCUGCAGUCCCCAAUAUGCAGCCCCUCAAUGAAGAAAUCGCUACAAACAUUUUUACAGAAGAGGAAGUACCGGAUUCAAGCAACAUCUCAUCCCUACAAUCACUAGAUGGAAGACAAUAUAAGUUUGAUGUUCUUUCUUUGUUGGAUUCAUUAGUCCAGAGUGAGAGUCAACAGAUGGAAGAUAUAUAUGGAAAGCUUGUAAAUUAAGCAUUUAAGCCUUUAAAUUUGAUUUUUCAAGAGA